AUGGAGCAAGCGCAAGAUGCACCGAAUUCAUCAGUACCUUCGUCUACUUCCAAUCAUACGCCGCUUGCCAAUCAGACUUUGUCGGGAGGGAACGACAUGUCUGCCAUGCCUACAACCAUUGAAUCAACCAACGGCUUCGUCGAGCCGCUUCAGCAGUCGAAUCUCAUGGUCUCAAACAACUCAGCGGAUGGAGUAUUCCAGUCAAUCACAGCAGAUGAGAUUGCUCUCUAUGAUAGACAGAUCCGAUUAUGGGGGGUCAAAGCGCAAGAGAAGUUACGGUCCGCUCGAAUACUGCUUGUCGGGAUGAAGGCUCUCGCCAACGAGAUAGCAAAAAACCUGGUACUGGCUGGUGUUGGCUCCCUCACUGUCGUCGAUCAUGAAGCUGUAACGGAGGAUGAUCUUGGUUGCCAAUUUUUCCUAUCAGAAGAUCACAUUGGACAAAAUCGUGCUUACGCCGCUCUCCCCCAACUCCACAAGCUCAAUCCCAGGGUCAGCCUACAAUCCGAUCAGGAACCGAUCUCUACAAAGCAGCCUGAAUACUUUGCCGCAUACGACAUCACCAUCGCCACUUGCCUGGACAUCGAUACUCUUUCCAUGAUCAACGCCUCUUGCCGAAUCUCGAAUCGGAAGUUCUAUGCAGCUGGCACCCAUGGCAUGUAUGGCUAUGUGUUUGCAGACCUGAUCGUGCAUGACUUUGUGAUUGAGCGGGCCAAAAGCAAUAAAAUCACAGAAGUCAACAAAGCAGAGACCAUGACACGGAUGGUCAUGACCUCGACAACAAAGAAGGAAAAUGGCAAAGUCAUUGAGAUGGUGUCAAAGCGCGAAACAUACUCUCCAAUCAUUCUCGCUAAUACAUCACCUUUGCCAGCAGAGAUCACAAACAACAGAAGACGACGACUACAGGUAACACCACUCAUAUCAUGCCUGAGAGCUCUCUUCGAUUUUCAAAAAGUCUCUGGUGGUCGCCUCCCAUCCCACAGUCGCCCGGACUUAGAAUUGUUCACUGCUCUCGCAACUGAAAAGCAUCGUGAACUGCUAUUGCCCACCGAGACAUUACGAUCCGAUUUCCUACGAAGCUUCCUUCAGAAUCUUGGGGCAGAGAUUGCUCCUGUGGCAGCAUUUCUGGGUGGCAGUCUAGCACAAGAUGUGAUCAAUGUGCUUGGACAGCGCCAGCAACCUUUGCAGAACUUCCUUCUCUUCGACGGGGAAGAAUUCAAAGGUCCCAUAUACAGCUUACACCCAUUCUUCCCGGAGAGCUUGACAAUGCCAAAUCCAAGUUUAAUGAUGAAUGGGACGCCAAUGCUCGACCAGAUGGGUGCAGGUUUGAAUAUGGGUAUGGAUAUGGGUGUGGGUAUGGGUAUGGGACCAGGUAUGACGAAUGGCACUGUGGAGUAA